GAAGAAGAUAUAUCACAAAAUCUCUCUCUCUAUAUAUAUGCAGCAACACCUGUAUCUACAGAGAGAGAAAGUUUUUAGAGAGAGAGAUAGAGAGAGAAGCGGCUCAAGGUUACGCGUGUAAUCUACAUGGUGUUCUCUGUAACCCAGUCUCGCCGAUCGUAUCGCUCUGGAUUUUGAACUAUUCGUCUUCAGUUUCCUUCGAUUCUAGGGUUAGGGUUUCGUUUAUUUUAGUACUUGUUGCGGCUUACCUGGAACGCUUCUAGUGUAAGCUAUGGAGUCUACUAUUGUGAUCAAGGUUAAAUAUGGAGAAACACUUAGGCGCUUCAAUGCACGUGUUACUGAAGCUGGACGGCUGGACCUUGACAUGGGCGGAUUGAGAGAGAAGGUUCUUAGUCUCUUCAAUUUUGCAUCUGAUGUGGAUCUUACACUCACUUAUAUUGAUGAAGAUGGUGAUAUAGUAACAUUUGUCGAUGAGGAGGAUCUGCAUGAUGUCAUGAGACAGUCCUUGAAUCCCUUGAGGAUUAGUGUGAAGUUGAAUUCUGAUAAGGGUGGUAGAUCGUACACCAGAUCAAGUGGAAGCUCUACCCCAAUGAGAUCACCUGGGGUCCAGUAUCCAUUGCCAAACUGGAACAGCACUGUUUCUGAAUUCUUGAAAUCUGUACCAGAACCUUUCCGUGAAGCAUUCUCGAAACUGUCGCUUGACUUCGUAUCUAGACCUGCAUCCUCUACUCCAGGGCUUGCUGAGCUUUUUGACUCUUUUUCAAAAUUGGGUCAGUCCUACAUAAAUCCGCUUUCUGAGUUCCAGGCUGGUACAGAAUCUAGCGCACACAGUGGGGCUGCUGGAAAUCCCAUGGGUGCAUCAAUGACCAAAGGGCCAGAGGCUUCAAAGGAUGAUGGGGCCACAUCAGAGGCAAUGCCAAAUACCAAAUUUGAAGAGCCAACUUACAAGACCAAGGCUUCAAAGGAUGAUGGGACCACAUCAGAGGUGAUGCCAAAUACCAAAUCUGAAGAGCCAACUUGCAAAACCAAUAAGAAGGUGGACCUUGGUAAGGGCAUCAAAGAUGUGGAUGCCUCAGUUACCCCUACCUCUGGUCCCAUGAAUCUUAAUGCUAGCCUCCCUGGUGAUUCUUUUCCAUCUGGAUUUAUGUCUGCGAAUCCUGCAUCUGUUGAUGCUUUUUGUGGUAGCAAAGAGGAGGUUAACAUGCCGAGGGAUCGUAAAGCUAAGGGUAUUGAGUGGGAAAAUUUCAAGUCAGUUGAAUCUAAUUUUCCUACUAGUGAUAAUAAAGAGGUCAGGAAGUCAAUUGAACCAUGGAAAUCUGUUGGUUCUGGUUUUUUUGCAAGUACUGCUGAUUCUAAGAGAAAUUCUGCCAUGGAUUCCAAGAAUACGAAUUUGGGUGGCAGUACAAGCACAACGAUGUUCCCUAAUCUGAAUCUAAUUAAUGAAUGUCCAUUUGCGGGGAUUCCUGUAGCAAGUGAUUCAGCUGUGCCUCCAUUGCAUUAUGGUUCCCGUGUACUGCCUCUAUUUAAAAGGGGCUACAGUCACAGUGAAGGCAUGGGCGGUAUAUUUCAUAGGGGUGUUUGUUGCGAUGGCUGUGGGGUUCAUCCAAUAACUGGACCUAGGUUUAAGUCUAAAGUAAAAGAUAAUUAUGACCUGUGCAGCAUCUGCUUCUCAGAAAUGGGAAAAGACACUGAUUACAUCAGAAUGGACCGUCCGGUUUCACAUCGGCAUCCACAUUCCUUUAAAGGGUUCUAUGAUUCUAAUCCCCGGGUGCGUCCUCCACCAUUACAUCAUGUCCUGAGAGCUGGUGGGAUGAAGCCAUGUCGCCCAAAGUUGGAGAGUCGCUUCAUUUUGGAUGUUAAUGUGAUGGAUGGUACUGUCAUGGCCCCAUCAACCCCAUUUACCAAGAUUUGGCGGAUGCGGAACAAUGGUAAUGUUGUGUGGCCUCAGGGAACUCAGCUUAUGUGGAUCGGGGGAGAUAAAUUAAGCAAUGCCAUUUCUGUUGAGUUACAGGUAAGCGGCCUUCUAAUCUUCUUUACAACCACUUUUAAAUAUUGGAUUUCAAACCAACAAAAGAUGAGGGUAAUGAAAAUCAUGGAGAUGAUAUGGGCAGUGAGAUGCACGAAGACACCGAAGAGCUCAAUGCAUUGCUGGACUCUGAUGGACUCGUUGUACGAUAGCUUCAAUGGCUUGAACCUGAAUUUGCCUCCUGCCAGCAGUGGUAUAACUGGUCCUGAAAUGGUAAAUAUGCAGUUUGAACCCGUGGUGGAUAGCUUCCCAGUGCCCAACAAUCCUGACAGAGCCAAAGAUUUAGUGGAGCCAAUUGUUUACUCGCACCCAAACAAGGACCAGGAGCAGAAUUUCCCCAUUAAUGAUACUUUACUAGUUGGUGGUGGGGUCUCGAACCCUGUCACUCCAGUGUCUCCUGCAACAGUUUCAUACCCUGUUAUUGAUUUGUCAGAAGUUGCACCGGCUCUGCCGUCUCCUUCUGCUGAUGUUGUGCCGUUGCCUAAAGCUGAUGUUGUGCCGUCGCCUAAAGCUGAUGUUGAGCAGACCCUCCUUAGGGAACUUGAGGAGAUGGGUUUCAAGCAGAUUGAUUUGAACAAGGAAAUCUUGAGGAUGAAUGAAUAUGACUUGGAGCAAUCGGUGGAUGAUCUCUGUGGUGUAGCUGAAUGGGAUCCGAUCCUUGAGGAGCUGCAGGAGAUGGGUUUCUGUGAUAAAGAGACAAACAAGAGGCUUCUGCAGAAGAACAAUGGGAGCAUCAAGCGUGUGGUCAUGGAUCUUAUUGCUGGGGAGAAGAUGUAAUCCAAGAGGCUUCUUAUUACCUUUUCAAUAGUAUAUAUACUAUAUAUAUAAUAAAUGGAGUAGCUGCAGGAACAUGUUAUGAGCCUUUUGGUUUUGUUUUUGUUUUCUUGGCUACUUCCUCUAGUAUGUCUAUAACUAGCUAACCUGUGAAGAAGUUUGGAUUUGAACCUAGUAAAUAAAUUGCUUUGUUUAUAUGUUUUGGCAACUAGUAUGAUAUGAAAGAUGUUUUCCUUUCAUA